AUGUUUAGUUUUUGUGUGUGCGUCUGUUAACACCCGUCUCGGUCGGCUCGUUCUGCGUCACCUCGCGACCGCCGCCGCCUCCUCGUCACUCCGGACGGAGCGGUCGGCCAGCCGAGGCCGAUCCACUUUCUGGUGCCGCCUCCGUCCCACAUUUCGGCCCGACCCGGCGACUCGGUUCGUCUCACCGCUCGCCUUCCCGCCGAUCAGAUCGCCGCAAGCGUCGUCUGGCAGAGCGCACGGCUCGGCCGUCUCCGGCACGGCGACCUGCUGCCGGGCGGGUGUCGAGUUCGACUCCUGCCCGCCGAAACCGCCGAACCCGUCGAACCCGUCGAGCCCGUCGAAACCGUCAAAACCGUCGAAACCGUCGAACCGACCAAGCUUGCGUCGGCCGUUUUACCGGCCGGAGUGUAUCAGCUCGAGCUGGUGGGCGUCACGACGCAGCAGAAUGACGCUUACACCGUCACGGUAUCGCCGCGCGGAGAGCCCGUCGAGGCUGGAAAUGCCGUCGAGGCCGUCUGCCAGUUGAGCGUGAAACGUAAUCUUCAUUAUUGCAUUUGCACUUUUCAUGCUCCCUUUCGCCAUAAACACAUGCACCUGCUGAGGCAAUCACGGUCCGUAUGA